AUGAAGUGCCUCCUGCUCGCCCUGGGCCUGGCCCUCGUGUGUGGCAUCCAGGCCAUCGUCGUCCCCCGGACCAUGGAGAACCUGGACCUCCAGAAGGUGGCUGGGACGUGGCACUCCAUGGCCAUGGCGGCCAGCGACAUCUCCCUCCUGGACGCCGAGACCGCCCCCCUGAGGGUGUACGUCCAGGAGCUGAGACCCACCCCCGAGGACAACCUAGAGAUCAUUCUGCGCAAAUGGGAAGGCAACAGGUGUGUUGAGAAGAAGGUCUUUGCAGAGAAAACUGAGCAUGCAGCCAAGUUCAACAUCAACUAUCUGGAGAAGAACAAGGUCUUCGUGCUCGACACAGACUACAAGAACUACCUGUUCUUCUGCGUGGAGAACACGGACGCGCCCGAGCAGAGACUGAUGUGCCAGCACCUGGCCAAGACCCUGAAGGUCGACAACCAGGUCAUGGAGAAAUUCAACAGAGCCCUCGAGACUCUGCCCGUGCACAUGCGGAUCAUCCUGGACCUGACCCAGGGCAAGGAGCAGUGCCGCGUCUAG